GCAGUCUCUUUCUGGGUGACCGGACCUUGAAGAAGGCUUGUCAAAUGAUAGUGGCUGUGUGCAACUAAGUCUUCAUCGUGGAGGAAGUCAUAAUGAAUUUAACGCUCUGUCUGUGAAAACUGUGUUCUUAACAGUUCUAGAAGUUUUGUUCACAGGAUGUAUAGUUAUUGGACAACGUUGACAAGGACCCAUCUGAUACAUGAUGCCUGGCACCUGGGGACACCGUCAGGAAUAGCAAUGGCUAUGGUUGCAGGUGCAGUCCUGGCAUUUUUGUUCGAGAUUAUCACCCUAAUUCACUAUAGAGUUAUUACCAGAUUGCACGAGAUCGAAAAUAAUUUCCAGCAAUCGACGUCGUGUAACCCCUUUGUGCUUCCACGGCGAUUACUGGGAACGUUUUUGUACCUCAUCCGGGUAACUGUAGCAUAUCUCCUUAUGCUGUGCGUCAUGUCGAUGAACGCACUGAUACUGGUAGCAAUACUGGUGGGAACCGCUAUUGGAUUCUUCCUCAAGGGUUUAUUAAAGAAAAGGAUUUACAGCAGUCAAAAAGACGAAGAGAUUAUUAACCUAAGCCUGCAAAACAAAGAGGAACGACCAAAUUGUCGUAACACAUCCGACCAAGCAGAGCCAUUGCUGAUUCCGAAAGGGCACUGUGGUGGAAACAAGACGAAAACAACAACUGCCUGAGAUUUUUGAAAACAAAGAGUCAGCUUUAUGACAACCACAAAAUUGCAACGUGUUUUUUUUAAAAACCAAAAAUGAUAAAUUUAAAGUUUAAGAAAUGUACAAAUUUACUUCCCGCAUUCAGGUAAUGGUGGAACCAUUGU